AUGAUGAUUUGCCCUUCCCCGGUUUGUUUUCUACCGGUCCCUUCCAUGUGGCAUUCAACGACAGCUCAUCGGCCCAUCUGCCAGCACAAUCAGAAGGUCCACCGUCAAACUGAGGAGGAGGAGGGAAUUACAUAUCCGAUUCAUGCUCGGGAAGAAGGGCCUUUCACGAGACGAUGUCGUGCCUCGUCUUUUGAUUACAUACUACGCUUACCAUUGGUGAUAACGGCCAUUGGCACCAGCAGGACGGUCACGGCUGAAUCCACGAUCCGACUAGACCAGCCUUGA